AUGACUUCGACCGAGCAGACGGUAACGUGGCUAAUUACUCUGGGGGUCCUGGAGUCUCCUAAGAAAAGCGUAUCGGAUCCUGAGGCUUUCCUCCAGGCGUCUCUGCAGGAUGGAGCCGUGCUGUGCAAGCUGCUGGAGCGGCUCAGACCUGGGACGGUGGACAAAUUUUUCCAGGAGCCAAGGAGCGACGGCGAGUGUCAAAGGAACAUUGCGGAGUUUAUAAACGGCUGCGGAGCUUUCGGUGUGGAGCCUUUUGAAGUGAACGACCUCCUGCAGGGACUGAACUUUUCCAAAGUACUGAACUCCUUAGUCGCUCUUAACAAAGCUACUGAAGAUCUGGGCGCCUCUGGAGACGGUGUGUGCGCGCCGCACUCCUCAAGUUUAAGAAUCAAAUCGUUUGACUCUCUGAACACUCAAAGUCGCUCGUCUAAGCUGCAGCAGCCUCAGUACCGCAGCCUGGACAUGUCCGAUGGCAGCGUGUGUGGCCAGUUGCUGGUCAAAGCGCGUUUUUGCUUCCAGGCGACCAAUGAGGAUGAACUCUCCUUCUCCAAGGGUGACAUCAUCUGUGUGACCAGGCAGGAGGAGGGGGGCUGGUGGGAAGGCUCACUGAAAGGCAAGACUGGGUGGUUCCCCAGUAACUAUGUUCGGGAGCUGAGAGGAAGCGACAAAACAGACAAGCAAAAGUGUGGGACUCUAAAAAGUCCACCAAAAGGUUUUGACACCACCAUCAUCUCCAAGACCUACUAUAAUGUGGUGCUACAAAACAUCCUGGAGGCAGAGAGUGAAUAUUCAAGGGAGCAGCAAAGUCUCCUGGGGACGUACCUUCGCUCCCUUCACCCCACCGACAGACUCAGCAGCGUUGACAUCAAUCAUAUUCAGGGGAAUCUGGAGGAGAUCUCAACCUUUCAGCAGAUGCUUGUUCAAUCCUUGGAUGAACAGACCAAACUUCCAGAGGGCCAGCAGAGAAUCGGAGGUUUCUUUCUGAGUCUGAUGCCUCAGAUGAAGACCAUAUAUUUGGCUUACUGCGCCAAUCACCCAUUUGCAGUCAGCGUGCUCACACAGCAAAGUAAGGAUCUUGAAGAAUUUAUGGAGUCAAAGGGAGCACCUAGUCCUGGUCUCUGGACACUGACAACUAGUUUAAGUAAACCCUUCAUCAGAAUGGAAAGAUACCCAGCGCUGCUGAAAGAGCUGGAAAGACACAUGGAUGAACAACACCCCGACCGAGCUGACCUCAACGCUGCCAUGGCAGCUUUUAAAAGCCUUGCUGCUGAAUGUGAUGAGGUGAGGAAGAAAAAGGGCCUGGAGCUGGAAAUUCUGACGGAGCCAAUCAGAAACUGGGAGGGAGACGAUAUCAAAACUCUCGGCCCUGUUUUACAUAUGUCUCAAGUCAAAGUUCAUACACAAAACUGCCAGGAAUCUGGCGAAUGCUACCUCCUCCUGUUUCCUCACUCUUUGCUCAUGAUCUCAGUGAGCCUCAGGAUGAGUGGGUUCAUAUACCAGGGGAAGAUGCCGUUAUCAGGAAUGCUCAUCUCUAGAAUCGAAGAUGGAGAAAACUUGAAGAAUGCUUUUGAAAUAUCUGGCAGCCAAUGUGAGCGCACGCAGAUAGCAUGUAAAACUCAGCGGGAUCUGCAAGACUGGUUGGACCUUCUCACCAAACACACACACACCACUUCACCUCAUGUGCACAAGCCUCAGGCUGUUUAUCACACACUGCCCUCGCAUCCUGUCACCCCCUCCAGACACUCUAGAGGGGAGAGCGGUGGGAGCCCUUACCACACUCUGCCUCAUCCUUUGUCGUAUGGGACAAAUCACAUUAUUAGCCCCAUGUUUGGAAGCCUGGAGCCACCAAGCACUCCCAAACCCUGGACUCUGAGCUGUCUUCGCCCUGCACCUCCGCUAAGACCCUCUGCUGCUCUGUGCUUCAAAGAGGAUGUAAGUAAAAGUCCCAAAAACAAAAGGCCUCUGCUCCCUACGAUAAGAAAACCAGAGAGGAAACCAUCAGAGGAAGAUUUCACUACCAGAAAAAUCACAGCAGCUCUGGAGGAAGAUGCUCAGAUACUGAAGGUGAUCGAAGCCUACUGUACGAGUGGAAAGACUCGUCAGACUCUUAAUUCCACAUGGCAAGGAACUGACCUCAUGCACAACCAUGUGCUGGCUGAGCCCAGCUUCUCUGUGGCUGUGAUCCCCAGUAACCUGCCGUCUUCUGAGCAAUCAGAAGACUCUGAUUAUGACAGUGUCUGGACUUCUCAAAGUCACAGGACCGCCUCGUUUUCCCGCUCCAGCAGGAAAGAUGUUCACAUGUUGUUCCCAGAAGAGGAGAAGAUUAUCGUUGAAGAAACAAGGAGCAAUGGGCAAACUGUAGUGGAGGAAAGGAGCCUGGUGGACACUGUUUAUAGCCUCAGAGAUGAGGUUCAGGAACUAAAACAGGACAACAAGAGAAUAAAGAGGACGCUAGAGGAGGAGCAGCGAGCAAGAAAAGAGCUGGAGCGAAUUGUGAGGAGGGUCCUGAAGAACAUGAAUGAUCCAACCUGGGACGAGACUAAUCUCUGAAACCAGUACAGAUCUGAAACAGGGACCAAUUUCUGAGUUUUACGUCAUCAUAUGACGAGAGACGUUAGCUGUGCCGACAGAAGCUGCCAGCAGUUUUUGCCACACUUCAGCAUACGUCCGUUUCAUUCAACUAACCCCUCAAACUAAGCCCUGUGCCAAAUAAUGGACCUAGAACUUGAAGCCAUCUAAACUGAACACGAAGCUUUGAAGCCAUAACAGCUGGUAGAAAUUAGGACAAGACAUUUUGCCCUUAUUCUCUUCUUCUCAACUCUUAUUAGACUGUUUUUUUUGUUUCUUUAUCAGUGUUUCUGCCUUUCCUUUGACUGGUCGUAUAUAAUUUCUUGUAUUCAAGGAAAGUAUUGUUAUCUACACUUUGUGAAUUAAUAGGACGGUUAUACAUAGAUUCCAACUUGGAGAAACAAACAAUAACUUAUUUUAUUCACUCAGGAUGCAUUUAAAGGGUUUCAUACACAACUUAAAACUUCAGUCUUUUUAAGCGAUUUAAAUUUUAUUUUACCCUUGAUUUUCUAUGAACGUCUAAGGACUAAAAUUAUAUUUAAAGGCUCCAAUAUAUACAUACACCAAAAUAUUGUUAAAAAUCCUUGUGCAAUUAUACUAAGACCACAAAUGCUCGAUACAACAUCAUCUAUUUUUUGAAACUAUAUAGACAGAAAUGGAAUUUAGAGAGGAGGACAUAUGCACCAAAGGUCCCUUUACAAUUCUGCCAGAGACUUGUUGACUGCUACUAAAGUAUUUUAAGCUGGUCUCUUUAAGAGCUCUCUGUCAAGAUUACAGCAACUCCAAAUGAUUUCAGUCUUCCUGAUUCAAUUCUUGCUUUUAAAAAUCAUAAAGUUUCCUGCUGCAUAUUCAGUCCUGGGAGAAGGAGGUCAUGUGGUUCAUUCCUAUUAGGAAUGUGUUUGAACUUCUGAACUGUGUAUUUCAACUUUUCAUGGACUAUUGAAGCAUUGCACCUUAAAAGAACUGACAAGCCAGCUGUAAGGUUACACCAAACGGAUUAUAAAUCAGUAAAUGAUGAACCAGCAUGUAUAAAGACUAUUUAGCUUUAAAAAAA